AACCCUCUCUGUCCCUGACUGACAAUCCUCCUCACUGGAACAACUCCACUUCCAACUCCAGCGACAGGUGCCUGUGCUGAAAGAGGCCAAAAACAUUCAUUUGUGAGAAGAGUUGGUGAUCCUCUGCAGCCAUGUGUGACCAGACGUUCAUGGCGGCCACUUUUGGCCCCUGUGACAGUUGUAGCAAAGCAAGUCCUCUGAUGAACAUCUACAUCAAGAGCGAAGCCACCAACUACUGUUCCUUCUGCAUGGAAGUGAUGGCGUGUCAGGGGCUCACGAAAGGGGAAAGUCUGGCGUCGCUGAAGAAGGAGAGCGAUUCUCUGAAGAAGAAGCUGGAGGAGGAGCGGGGGAAGCUCAACGACGUGGAGCUGCACCAGGUGGCUGAGAAGGUGGAGCUGGUGGGUGCUCUGUCCAUAAAGACCCGGCGCGUGCUGAAGGGCCACGGGAACAAGGUGCUGUGCACGGACUGGUGCAAAGACAGGCGCCGCCUGGUCAGCUCCUCACAGGAUGGAAAAGUCAUCGUCUGGGAUGCUUUCACUCUCAAUAAGGGUUCUGAUGCUCUUAAUGCAGCUCAGAUCAGUAACACACGCCACAUCCAGUUGUGCAGCUGCUGUGUGUACGUCGAUGAGCACGGGGUGACCCUGCCGUGCACGUGGGUGAUGGCGUGUGCAUACGCUCCCUCAGGUUGUGCAGUGGCAUGUGGCGGGCUGGAUAACAAGUGCUCGGUGAUCCCGCUGUCUCUUGACAGCACUGAGAACUUGGCUGCAAAAAAGAAGUCUGUCGCCAUGCACACCAACUAUGUGUCAGGAUGCACCUUCACCAGCUCUGACAUGCAGCUCCUCACCUCCAGCGGGGAUGGCACAUGCGCCUUGUGGGAUGUGGAGAGCGGGCAGCUGCUGCAGAGCUUCCACGGUCACACAGCUGACAUCUUGUCCCUGGACCUCGCCCCGUCUGAGACCGGAAACACGUUUGUCUCUGGGGGCUGCGAUAUGAAGGCCAAUGUGUGGGACAUGCGCUCGGGACAGAACAUCCAGUCGUUCGAAAGCCACGAGUCCGACAUCAACUGUGUGAAGUACUACCCCAGUGGGGACGCAUUUGCAUCUGCUUCGGAUGACGCCACAUGCCGUUUCUAUGAUUUGAGAGCUGACCGUGAAGUGGCCGUCUACCAGAAGGACAGCGUCAUAUUUGGCGCAACCAGCGUGGACUUCUCUCUGAGUGGCCGCCUGCUUUUCGCAGGUUACAACGACUACACCAUCAACGUGUGGGACGCUUUAAAGGGAACUCGUGUGUCCAUCCUGUUUGGCCAUGAGAACCGUGUCAGCAGUGUCCGGGUGUCCCCUGAUGGCACGGCGCUGUGCUCGGCCUCCUGGGACAACACCUUACGGAUUUGGGCUUAGAGUUGUCCUCGUGCAGGGGGCAGCGUUCCAGUGAGGACUGCAGCAUCAUGUGACCACCAGCACAUCCUUACAUGAUAUCCACACUAUGCGGGAGAUUCAGUCUGGCACAGACACUUCCAAAGGAGAUUAUCUAGCACCUUCCUGUUUAUUUGAACAGAUAGUUGGACAAGCAUUAUACUUACAACCUAGAUAUGUAGUAGAAAAUCAUUAUUUGUGUAAGAAGCCAAAAUAACUUGUAAUUAGACAUAUUUUUAACUUUUAACAGACAAUAACUCGCCUUUCUUGACUCACUCUGCUGUAGUUUAUGUUAUAAAGCAAGGCUUCUUCAAAUGUUACUACUGGUUUAUUUAAAAAGUGUACAGUCUUCAGCAGUUUAGGUCAGAAAUAAAAGAGAUUUUCAGUACACUGUGGGGUUGUUUGGCCUUGCCUGUGAUCACUGUGUGAUGGACUGCUUCUCUCACGGAUCCUCCAUGACGUUUGUUUGUGGAGGUAAAAGUGUUAACACAGCAGGCUGUCGGGAGUGUGUGGAAACCAGCAGAAUGUUACUCCUGUGGCGACGCUGACUGCAUCAAUGGGGCUUUCACCACUAAAACAGACAGUUGGGUAGUGUUUUAAUCAGUCUGAUAUCCCUCCAUCAGAACAAACACAGGCCUGGUGUAGUAGGUCUAGCUUUAUGCAAAGCAUUUUCUCAUCUCAGGCUGGUGUGAAAAUAUUCUAAUCAAAGCUAAAUCUCUGAGCCUGUUUGGGCUGUGGGCUCUAUCUCAUGAGAGAUCUUUACUGCUUCAGACGACAGAAUGCCAAAAUUGAAUCCAGACUUGAGCUAUUAGGCAAGUUUUGACAGUUUAAAAGACAGAAGUUGUUUGCUUGUUGUUGUUUUUUUGCUUAGUUAAUGGAGGAACCACUGCAUUCACACAGGUUUUUAGUAAAACCAGAACUAAACUUACUUCAUAGAAAUAUAGGCUCUCACCAGCAAGUGAUGUAACUUGUCCUCUGGCCACAGUUUGUUCAUGUCUGGUAAGAGAUCCUCUGUUAGCAUAGCUCAGUUUGUUUUCUUUGUUUUUUCAAGGCAUUAUUGAUCACUGUUUCUGACACGUUGUCGCCCUUUUGUCACAGUGGUUAGAGGUCAGCUGGUGGUCUCCACAUCAUCACACUGUCCUGGACAAAAAUAGUAGUUUGAAUACAUUAAAUCCACAUUUUACAUGUAGAG